AGAAGUGGCGCGAGACUCCUUCAGUUCUUACUCCGGAUUACCGCUGCUAAGAAUGGAUUUUAAGAGGCGCAAUGGAGGACCUGCUUUGGGCUCCUCUCAGCCUAAAAAGGGCAAACCAGGCCCGGAGUGGGAGGAUGGCCCAUCUCACUUUGAAGAGGAGCUUGCCCUCUUUGAUGAAAUGGACAUGGAGGUGGAAUCUGGGGAGGGCCAGGCAGGUCAUCAUGUCAUCCCAGUGGGUGACUUAUUCUCGGCUGAUCUGAACCCUCGCUGGCGUCGGCCACAUGCGCCGGUUCUUCAUCCGGAUAAAGACAAUCUGAUAUUCCAGCAGAUUGACUUGGAUUAUUACCUGGGUUCUGCAGUGGCCGGGAUGCCAGGACAGAUUCAGGGGAAGGUUCCGAUUGUUCGUAUGUUCGGGGUGACGGACGAUGGGAACAGUGUCUGUUGUCAUAUACAUGGAUUUGCACCAUAUUUUUACAUCCCUGCACCGACUGGCUUUACUAGAUCUCACCUGUCAGAGUUCCAGAAAGAGUUGAACUCAGUAGUGCUGAAAGACAUGCGCUCAAACAAAGACAACAUAUCGGUCACUGUGCUGGCAGUGGACAUCACCCGCAAAGAAAGUAUGUAUGGCUACCAUGGCAAGCGUAUUUUGGACUUUCUUCGAAUCACCAUGGCGAUGCCACGUCUUGUUGCCCCAGCAAAACGCUUACUGGAGCAGGGCUUUAAGUUUGCAAACUUUCCCAUUCAGAACUAUUCUACCUACGAGGCCAACAUUGACUUCGAGAUCAGGUUUAUGGUGGACAGUGAUGUAGUGGGCUGCUGCUGGAUUGAACUACCUAAAGGAAAGUACAAACUCAGAAAGGAAAAGAGUUCCGGGGAGACCGACUCCAAAGAUCCAGGAAAGGUGUCAUUGUGUCAGUAUGAGGUGGAUGUGGGAUGGACUGAUCUGAUCAGUCACCCAGCAGAGGGAGACUGGCAGAGAAUCGCUCCUCUCAGGGUCCUCAGCUUUGAUAUCGAGUGUGCUGGCAGGAAAGGUGUGUUUCCUGAAGCUGAGGUGGACCCUGUGAUUCAGAUUGCCUCCAUGGUGCAGCGUCAGGGAGAGAAGGAGCCGUUUAUACGCACCGUUUUCACCUUGCAGAGCUGCGCUAGUAUAGUAGGCUCUCAGAUUCUCUGCUUCACUCAGGAGAAGCAGCUACUGCAGAGUUGGGCAGAGUUUGUAAGGACGGUGGAUCCUGAUAUCAUUACAGGCUACAAUAUUCAGAACUUUGACCUGCCGUACCUCCUCAACAGAUCUGCUGCUCUAAAGGUGAAUUUUUUUCCCUACCUGGGUCGGGUGCGAGGAAUCAAGUCUGUCAUAAAGGACUCCAACUUCCAGAGCAAACAGAUGGGCCGCCGAGAAAACAAAUCUGUCAACAUGGAGGGGAGAGUGCAGUUUGACCUUCUGCAGGUGCUGUUAAGGGAUUAUAAACUGCGCUCGUACACCCUCAACGCUGUCAGUUUCCACUUCCUUCAAGAGCAGAAGGAAGACGUCCAGCACUCCAUUAUCACAGAUCUGCAGAAUGGAAAUGAGCAGACAAGGAGACGUUUGGCCGUGUACUGUCUGAAGGAUGCCUACCUACCGCUGCGCUUGCUGCAGAAGCUGAUGUGUGUCAUUAACUACAUGGAGAUGGCCAGAGUCACAGGCGUGCCUCUGACCUACCUGCUCUCCCGAGGCCAGCAGAUUAAAGUCGUGUCACAGUUACUGCGACAUGCGGUGAAGCAGGACUUGGUAAUGCCUGUGGUAAAGACGGAAGGAGGAGAGGAUUAUACUGGAGCCACCGUCAUUGAGCCAGAGAAAGGGUACUACAGCAUCCCUAUAACCACUCUGGAUUUCUCCUCUCUGUACCCGUCAAUUAUGAUGGCGCAUAACCUGUGCUACACUGCACUGCUGCAGAAAGACCAGGCAGAAAAACUGGGUCUCUCUUCAGAUGACUUUAUCAAGACGCCUACAGGUGAUUAUUUUGUGAAAAGCUCAGUGAGAAAGGGUCUUCUCCCAGAGAUUCUGGAGAACCUGCUAAGUGCCCGCAAGAGGGCGAAGACUGAUUUGAAGAAGGAGACUGACCCAUUUAGGAAGCAGGUGCUGGAUGGCAGACAGUUAGCUCUGAAGAUCAGUGCCAACUCUGUGUAUGGUUUUACCGGGGCACAGGUGGGCAAACUGCCCUGCCUGGAGAUCUCACAGAGUGUAACAGGCUUUGGUAGGCAGAUGAUUGAACAGACCAAACAGCUUGUUGAAUCUAAGUACACUGUCGCUAAUGGCUUUCCUGCAGAUGCCAAGGUCAUCUAUGGAGACACAGACUCUGUAAUGGUGAAACUGGGUGUUGACACCGUGCAGGAUGCUAUGAAAAUGGGAAAAGAGGCCGCCGAAUGGAUUUCUUCUCACUUCGUUCCCCCAAUCAAACUAGAGUUUGAGAAGGUGUACUAUCCCUAUUUGCUGAUCAAUAAGAAGAGGUAUGCAGGGCUUUACUUCUCCUCCAGUGCAGAGCAUCAUGAUAAGAUGGACUGCAAGGGAAUAGAGACUGUGAGACGAGACAACUGCCCCCUUGUGGCGAACCUUAUCAACAUGUGCCUCCAAAAGACUCUCAUAGACAGAGAUCCUGAUGGCGCUGUAGCUCAUGCUAAAGAGGUGAUCUCGGACCUACUGUGUAAUCGUAUUGACAUCAGUCAGCUGGUCAUUACCAAGGAGCUGACUCGCACAGCGCAGGAGUACGCUGGUAAACAGGCCCAUGUGGAACUUGCAGAGAGGAUGCGAAAGCGCGAUGCCGGAAGUGCCCCUAACCUUGGAGAUCGGGUUCCAUACGUCAUCAUUAAAGCAGCCAAAGGAGUGGCAGCGUACAUGAAGUCCGAGGAUCCGAUUUAUGUGCUAGAGAACAAUAUACCUAUCGACACGGCGUACUACCUGGAGCAACAGUUGUCUAAACCUCUACUGCGCAUCUUUGAGCCCAUACUGGGAGAGACCAAGGCUGAGAGUGUAUUACUCAAGGGAGAUCACACACGCUGUAAGACUGUUCUGACCUCUAGGGUAGGUGGCCUCAUGGCCUUUGCCCAGAAGCGCAGCACAUGCAUCGGCUGCAAAGCAGUUCUCAAAACCGACGCUGCUGUAUGUGACUUCUGCAAGAAGAAAGAGUCUGAGCUCUAUCAGAAAGAGAUUGCUCACCUCUCAUCCCUGGAAGAGAAAUUCUCUCGUCUUUGGACUCAGUGUCAGCGCUGUCAAGGUUCCCUGCAUGAAGAUGUGCUGUGUACCAGUCGAGAUUGUCCAAUCUUCUACAUGAGAAAGAAGGUACAGAAAGACCUGGGUGACCAGGAGAAGCUCGUCUCACGGUUCGGCUGGUGAGAGUAACUCAGGAACUGCGUCCUUUUCUCUCACGUCUAUCUACUCCAGUCACUCCUCAUCUAGUGGAAAGGUUCGGCCUUUCCCUGUUUGUAAAGUAUCACAGUUAGCUUUUUUUACACAUUGAACACGGUGAGAAUAAAUGUAUGCUUUUUGUAAAA